AUGCCUAGUUUCAACGAAGCGUUUAACUUUACUAUUGAAAAAGAUGCACAUGCCGCAUUUUCCGCCCUAAUUUCUGUAACAGACAUUUCUAAGCGAAUACGAACGCGUUUGCAAUCAGACUAUGACGUUUGGCAACGCAACAAUGGAGAUGAGUAUUGGGCUUCUGUGGCAGUUUCAGCACAGGUAUCAAUCUCUACAAAGAGAACAGCAAAAGAAUUGGCUUUAGGAGGUGAACAUAUCGCAAAAAAGCUAAUUCGGGAGCAAGCAAGCAGUAGCAAUAAUGAAAUCGACAACACUUUACGAAUGCCGUCCUCUGUUGUUGGCUUCCCAGGUCCAGGUGUUUCAGAAGACGCUCCCCCUUCAUAUGCCGGCGCGACAUCUUCUUUACAUUCUGAUGACGAUGAACCGCUAUCCUCUCAAUCCUUUUAUGAACCUCCGACUUUAUCGCCCGACCCUCCAGAAGAAUAUUUGAUCGAGCGUGAGCGGUUUGUAUUGGAUAUGAAUGAAUUAACGGGUGUAUCUCAUACAGGCGUGGAGAGAAGAGUACACAUUCUUGACAACUUUGCCAGUUUAGAAGAGCGAUGGUUGCUGUCAUCAAUUCAAGUUGUAGACCAGCAUGAGGCAUUUCCUAGAUCUAUCCGUUAUCAGCUUCCGAAUUCAUGCAGGGAUGCUAUUGACACUUUUUUAGUGGCUCAAGACGAAGGGAAACGAUAUUAUUUUCCUCGCGCGACUAAUGAUAUGGAGCUCGAAAUAUACACUAUUUUGUCUUGCCUUUCUCAGUCGCAUGGCCCUAGCACUUCAGAAGCCUGCUGUAGAUCAAAGAAUCAAGAAAUGAACUUUAUUAUCCACCAUGUCUGUACCAUUUGGGACACGAUCUUUAAUACCCACGAAGGUUUCUCUAUCAAGUGGUAUGAAAUGCAAUGA